UCUGCAGUCAGUGUCCUUCGAGUUCCAAGACUUCGGCCCGUAACCCUGAUGGACUCCCAAACUCACAUGAAGGAAGAAGGAGCAGAACAUCUCUUCCGACGCUUGCAGGAUUCCCCAGAUGACGCCUCGCUACAUUUUGAGAUUGGCUUAUUCUUAUGGGAAAAAGGAGGAGAAGCGAAGGAAACCAAGGAAAAAGCUGCUGAACAUUUUGUUCUAUCGGCCAAAUUGAACCCUAAGAAUGGAGAAUCUUUCAAAUUUCUGGGCCAUUAUUAUGGCCGCGUUUCCCUUGAUACUCCGAGAGCCGUUAAAUGUUACCAACGAGCUGUAGCUCUCAAUCCUGAUGAUUUCGAUUCUGGGGAAGCUCUGUGCAAUUUACUUGACCAAAGAGGUAAAGAUAGUUUGGAGGUGGCGGUGUGCCGGGAAGCUUCUGAAAUAUCACCGAGGGCUUUCUGGGCUUUCCGCAGAUUGGGCUUCCUGCAGGUUCAUCAAAAGAAAUGGUCUGAAGCUGUUCAGAGUCUUCAACAUGCCAUACGAGGCUAUCCUACAUGUGCUGAUUUGUGGGAAGCUUUGGGCCUUGCUUAUCAGCGACUGGGCAGGUUUACUGCUGCCGUAAAGUCUUAUGGCCGUGCAAUUGAGUUGGAUAAUAAGAUGGUCUUUGCUUUGGUUGAAAGUGGAAAUAUCUCUUUGACACUUGGUUCAUUUAAAAAGGGAAUUGAACAAUUUCAACAAGCUCUGGACAUUUCACCGCAUUGUGUGCCUGCACAAUAUGGACUUGCUUUGGGGCUGCUUGGUUUGGCAAAAGAUUGCAUUAAUGUGGGAGCAUAUAAGUGGGGGUCUACAUUAUUAGAGGAAGCAUCUGAGGUUGCAAGCACAAGUGCUUAUUUUUUAAGGAAUAUCUCGUGUAUUUGGAAACUACAUGGUGAUAUUCAGCUUUCAUAUGCAAGAUGUUAUCCUUGGAUUGAGGAGGCCCAAGAAUUGGAAUCUAAUAACGAAGCUUUCAAUGCUUCUAUCAUUUCUUGGAGGAAGACCUGCUUUUUGGCUUCAAAACGUGCUAGGUUUUCAUAUCAACGAGCCUUGCACUUGUCUCCAUGGCAAGCAAAUAUUUAUGCUGACAUUGCAGUAACUUCAGAUCUUAUUACGUCAUUGAACGAGAAUUACAAGCAAGACCUAAACUCAUGGCAGCUGGCAGAGAAGAUGUCUAUGGGAGCCUUGCUACUUGAGGGUGGCAAUUAUGAGUUCUGGGUGGCAUUGGGAUGUUUGUCUGAUCAUAAAGCACUAAAUCAACAUGCUUUGAUUAGAGGGUUGCAAUUGAAUGUAUCUCUAGCUGGUGCUUGGGGAUAUCUUGGGAAGCUGUAUUGUAAAGUGGGUGAAAAGCAAUUGGCACGACAAUUGUUUGAUCGUGCUAGAAGUAUUGACCCAGGCCUCGCAUUGCCAUGGGCAAGCAUGUCAGCUGAGUGUUGUGUGAGGGAGCCUGCACCAGAUGAGGCAUUUGAAAGCUGUUCACGAGCUGUGCAGAUAAUGCCUUUAGCUGAAUUCCAAAUUGGGCUCGCUAAGCUUGCUUUGCUGAGUGGUCAUCUUUCAUCUUCACAGGUUUUUGGAGCUAUUCAGCAGGCAGUGCAGCUUUCUCCUCACUAUCCUGAAUCCCAUAAUUUACAUGGGCUGGUUUGUGAGGUUCGAAAAGAUUAUAAGUCUGCUGCUACUUUUUAUAGAUUAGCACGUCAUGCAAUUAAUAUUGGAUCAUGGAAUAUUCAAAACUCACAUAUCAGGGACGUAUCAAUCAAUUUGGCCAGAUCACUUUCUAAAGCAGGGAAUGCAGUUGAUGCUUUGCAGGAAUGUGAAAAUUUGAAGAAAGAAGGGGCACUUGAUGAAGAAGGUUUACAAGUAUAUGCUUUCUCGUUGUGGCAACUUGGUGAAAAUGAUUUGGCUCUCUCUGUAGCUAAAAGUCUUGCUGCAAGUCUUUCUUCUAUGGAAAAGACAUCUAUUGCACCAUCCAUUUGUUUCAUCUGUAGAUUAGUAUACUCCAUAAGUGGACUGGAUGCAGUCAUCACUAGCAUUAUGAAAAUGCCGAAGGAGCUAUUUCAAAGCUCAAAAGUUAGUUUUGUUAUGUCAGCUAUCAAUGCUCUUGAUGCACACAAUCGUCUUGGAUUUGUUGUCUCAAGUAGCCGAUUAUUUCUCAAAUAUCAUGAAGAAUUUGCCAGGAUGCACUUUUUAAUAGCGCUCGGUAAACUGGUGAAAAAUGAGUCUGAUUGCUGCCUUAAAGUUCAGAGUGGAGUUGUCCACCUCAGAAAAGCUCUACACAUGUUCCCUAACUGCAAUUUGAUGAGGAACCUUCUUGGCUAUCUCUUGCUAUCAAGUAAAGAGUUAAACAAUUGUCAUGUGGCAACAAGGUGUUGUAAGCUGGACCAUCUUGAUCUUUCUGAUCAAGAAGGUUUAAAAUCAGCUUCUGAUAUUCAUGGUGCUGGAGCAGUUGCUUGCUAUGCCACUGGCAACAGCAGUUCAAAGUUUAUUUUUCCAACCUGUACAAAGCAGUGUUCUAGUCAUCCUGGAGCUAUCAGAUACUUGCAGAAAUGCUUUCAUCAGAAACCAUGGAAUCAUGAUGCACGCUACUUGCUUGUUCUUAACUAUCUUCAGAGGGCACGUGAACAGAGAUUUCCUCAUCAUCUUUGUGUUGUAAUAAAUCGUCUAACUUAUGUUGCUCUUUCAAAUGAAUUGCAUAGCAAAACAGAAACGUUGUGUCUAUAUAGACACUUUCAACUUCUGCUUUGUGCUUCUGAGAUCAGUUUACAAUGUGGGAGUCACAUGACCUGUAUCACCCAUGCCAAAAAGGCUUCUGAGCUUGUGCUUCCUGAUGAUUAUUUAUUUUUUGCACAUCUACUAUUGUGCCGUGUGUAUGCCAUGAAAGGUGAUCAUCUAAAUUUUCAGAAAGAAUAUAUUAGGUGCUCGGAGCUCAGGACUGAUUAUCAUAUUGGUUGGAUCUGUCUCAAACUUAUGGAAUGUCGAUAUGAACUGCCAAUCAAUUCUAAUGUCAUAGACUUGAACUUUGAAGAAUGUGUUAAAAGGGGUGGAAACUCAUGGAAUACGUGGAUGGCUGUAUAUAAUCUGGUAAGGGGUAUGAUUUCCUUGCAGAAGAGGGAUUUAGUGUCAGCGGAAGAUUUCAUGGCACAGGCUUGUUCAUUGGCAGGUUUUGAGAGUUGCCUCUUUCUAUGUCAUGGUGCCAUCUGUAUGGAGCUUGUCAAGCAGUGCGAUGGUUCUCAGUUGAGUCAGUUCCUAUCACGGGCUGUUAAGAGUCUUACCAAAGCUCAUGAGCUUUCACUGAUUCCCUUACCUUUUGCCUCACUAUUGGUGGCUCAAGCAGAAGGAAGCCUCGGUUUUAAGGAGAAGUGGAACAGAAACCUUGGCCUUGAAUGGUAUAAUUGGCCGUCAGAAAUGAGGCCUGCAGAGCUCUUCUUUCAAAUGCAUUUGCUUGCAAGACAGUUGAAAGUUGGGCCCAACCCGACAUCUGGCAUGGAAUCCUCUGAGAGUCCUCGGAAAUGGGUUAUUCGGGCAAUUCACAUGAACCCUUCUUGCAUGCGAUAUUGGAGGGUUUUACAGAAGCUAAUGGAAGAGUCUUAAAUUAAAAGUGAAGGAACUUGUUAUGUCUAACUAUUACUUCUAUAGUCUAUUUGGGAUGGAAAUAGCUAAACAAGCCGUUUUUUCAAAUAAAUAAAAUUGUAAGUGAACAUGUGGAAUACUGGUUUUUCAUAUAUACCAACUAUGA